AAAUCAUCCAGAGGUGUAGGCGGCGGCAGAGGCCAGGGCUCCGAUUGAUUCUCAGAUCCCCUUAGCGGCCCUAGAGCUUGGCAAGGAGAGUUCUGGUCUUUGGAGCAGCCCAGCAGAGGGGUUAAGCUGAAGCGGCUGCUGAGGCUCCAAGAUGACACCAUACAAACUGCCUGUGAUUUUCUGUCUCUGCGGUUGUUUGGUGCAGAUCCAUCCCUUUGAUUGGAGAGACCUAGGUCCAAUUAAGCAUAUAAAAUCAACAGGGUGGUAUCAUACAAUAGAGAGCCUAAUGAGUACUUCGUUGGGUGACGAACAUCAGAUCCCUAAAGGAAAAGGUUCUUACUCUGUGGGAUGCACAGACUUGAUGUUUGACUUCACUGCUAAGGGUAGCUUACUGCGUCUAUACUACCCUUCCCAAGAUGAUGAAUAUCACAGCACUUUAUGGAUCCCCAGUAAAGAAUAUUUCCUAGGUGUUAGUAAUUUUCUUGGAUUGCGCAAGUUCAUGGGCAAAUUCAUCGCCUACAUCUUUGGUUCAGUGACAACUCCUGCAAAUUGGAAUGCCCCUUUGAGGACUGGAGAAAAAUACCCACUGAUUAUUUUUUCUCACGGACUUGGAGCAUUCAGGACAAUUUAUUCUGCUAUUGGGAUUGAUCUGGCAUCUCAUGGGUUUAUAAUUGCUGCUGUAGAACACAGAGAUGAAUCAGCAUCAGCAACUUUUUACUUCGAAAAUGAAUUUGCUGUAGAAAGAGAUAAUAAGUCCUGGAUUCCCUACAGGCAUCUCCAUUCACAGGAUAUGGAGUACCCCCAACGCCAUAAACAGGUACUUCAAAGAGCAGAGGAAUGCUCUAAAGCUCUUAAUUUGAUGCUUGAUAUUAAUGAUGGGAAAACAGUGAAGAAUGUUUUGCAUUCUCCGUUUGACUUGCAGCAACUAAAGGAUGCUAUUGAUGGUAAGAAAAUAGCAGUAAUGGGACAUUCCUUUGGUGGAGCCACAGUUAUUCAGUCUCUUGGUGAAGACAAGAGAUUCCAAUGUGGUAUUGCCCUGGAUGCAUGGAUGGUCCCUUUAAGUGAUGAGUUGUAUAGUAGAGUUCCCCAGCCACUCUUCUUUAUCAACUCUGAAAGAUUCCAGACUCCAGAAAAUGUCAUGAAAAUGAAAAAAUUCUACUUACCUGAUAGAGAAAGAAAAAUGAUCACAAUCAAGGGAUCAGUCCAUCAGAACUUUCCCGACUUUACUUUUGUGACUGGUAAAGUACUUGGACAUGUAUUCUCAUUAAAAGGAGAUAUUGAUUCGGAUGUAGCCAUUGAUUUAAGCAACAAAGCAUCAUUAGCUUUCUUGCAAAAGCAUUUAGAUCUUCAGAGAAAUUUUAAUCAAUGGGAUCAUUUAAUUGAAGGUGAAGAUAUAAACCUCAUUCCAGAUAGCAAUGCUGGUUCAGUUACAUACCUUUCUGAGCACCUGGAAUAAUGAAAUGUGCAGUGUCAACCAACCCAUUAAAAAAAAAACCUAAAUUAUGUUUCACUGAGACCAUAGGUUUUUUUUAACUAUUGCCCACAUACUUUUUAAAAUAUAGACUAUGCUAUAAUCAUCGGUUAAGAUUCAUCUUGAUUAAAGUGGCUGAAGUUUAUUACACUUAAAUUCAAAGGAGGUCAGUGUGCAAAAUUCAUAGUAGCCUGUAUUUUUAUUAUUCUCAUCUUUUCUACAUUGUCAGCAUUUUCUGAUGAAGGGCUAAUUCAAGUGGUGGUUGGUGCCCCUCUCACAGUGCAGCAAAGCAGCAGUAAAGACCCAUAUACAAAAAUAAUUGAGUUGAUAUCUUCUUGGUUAGCAGCACAGAAAGGGAGUAAGGGAUGGGAAUGAAGGUUGUGUUCACACUUACUUCCUUCUACAUUUCAGAUAUGGGGCACUAAACACCUUUGAGCCAACGAAAGAAAGAUCAGGGAGAAAGUGCCAUUCUGGGUAUUGAUCGGUGUCUGCCCCCGGUACCCCAGGUGGUAUAAUUGUCCCCAAACUAAUGACGAUCAGACACUUAACAGUCCAGAGGAGAUAGGAAUACGAAAAGUAGGAGGAAAAACAGCUAGAUGGGGGAAUAAAGCAGCCAGAUGCUGCUAGUUACUCCUUUAAUAUAAUUUUUUGUCUAGCAAGGAAAAGAACAAAACACAUUUCAUUUUCUGAGCAAAGGGUUUUAUAAUGGAAAAAAGACUUAACAAGGAAAUGUCUUAUCAGGACAAUUAUAUUAUAUAUUCAAGAAUUUUAUGAGAAUAUUUUUCCUAUAUUUCUUUUCAAUCUUAAAAUAAAAAUUAUAAGAUUAUAUGUAAAAUUGUGUGAUGGAAUAAAAACACAAAUACACUAUUUACUGGAACCUAGAUCCUUAACAGAAAACUACUCUUUUGAGAUCUUAACCAAAUAACUUCACUUUCACAUCAGUAUUUCUUAAUCAAUGAUACUCUGAUUCCAAUUAGAUAGGGUCUAAGAAAAUUGAGGGUGAUGCAGAGUGUGGGAAUAUAGAAAAAUACAUUCAUUGGGUCAUCAAUACAGAAGGAAACUUGGACAGCCUGUAGUCCAACUUGCUCCUUUUUAAAAUAAAAGCCAGAAAACAAA